AUGGCGUACUUCGGCGGCCGCGGCCAGGGAGCGGACGGCGGGUGGUUCGUGCCCGGCGCCGACGGGUGGGCGCUCCCGUGGGGGAGGGGCGCUGCCGCUGCCGGCGCGAGCGGCAGCGGAGGCGAGAGGGAGACGCUGGCGGCGGUGAUGGCGAGGAGGGCGCCUCCGCCGUCGGCGAUCCGGCGGGACACGGUGCGUGCCGCGGAGGCGGCCGCCGGCGAGGUGGUGCUGCGCGUCCACCCCACCCAGGAGGCGGAGCGGCGCCGCCAGGACGUAAUCAGCUACCUCAGGCGACUCAUCGGCUCCUCCCUCGGCUGCGAGGUCUUUGCAUUUGGAUCAGUGCCGCUGAGGACGUAUCUCCCCGAUGGCGACGUUGAUAUAACCGUACUGGGGAACACAUGGUUAAACAGUACAUUCAUCGAUGAUGUCCGCAGGAUGCUCGAGUCGGAACAGGAAAACUGUGACGCCGAGUUCAAACUGACAGGCUUGCACUUCAUCAACGCUGAGGUUAAGCUCAUAAAAUGUAUUAUUGAGAACAUUAUCGUGGAUGUCUCUUUCAACCAGAUUGGGGGUGUGUCCACGUUCUGCUUUCUUGAGCUGGUUGACCGUCAGAUUGGCAAAAACCAUUUGUUCAAAAGGAGCAUUAUGUUAAUCAAGGCUUGGUGCUACCAUGAAAGUCGCAUAUUAGGAGCCCAUCAUGGACUGAUAUCUACUUAUGCCUUGGAGACACUUAUUCUUUACAUAUUCAAUAUGUUCCACAAGUCUCUGCAUGGUCCUAUGGAGGCCCUUUAUAGGUUUUUGGAAUAUUUUAGCAAGUUUGACUGGGAUCGAUAUGGCAUUAGCUUAAAUGGUCCUGUUGAUUUGUCAUCAUUACCGAACUUAACUGGUGGGUCAUAUGUUCUUGUUUUAUUUUGUUUUGUUGAUGAAUCACCAGUGGAUUAUCAUACAUACAGGGAGCGUAUAACGCUUGAAAGAGAAAUCAUACGAGCAAGAAAACAAAGACAGAGGUUACCUGAUCGUCGGUAUUACUCAGCUGAGCAAGGAUAUUCUGGCUCACAAACUGAAGAUGCCAUAGCACAAAGUGCAACAAAUCAAUCACGAAAGACGCAAAACAGUGCGCAGCAGAAUGGUUAUUCAAGCAAGAGCUCAGUUCCGGAUGGAGAUUUUGUUCGUUUCAAGGAGCAUGUAGCAAAAGACGGUGGAACCAAACAGGCAUUAGGAAGAGAUUUUGUUGAGGGAAGACAGACAAUGCCACCAUCAUCUUCGUCAGGGAUAGUACUUCCUCAAAAUGGUCAAGGAAAUCCUACCUGUCAGCCUUCCUCACCUGCCACAGCAGAUUUUUUACAUGCGGCAGAAAGCGAGUUUGGAUCCUUGGGGCCUUUCUCGUUGGGACUUUCCUCAGCCUCAACACAGUUUGAGGAAGCAUUCCCAGCGCUUCCCACUAGAAAGAGAGCUGAAGUAGUACCUCCCCCUAUUAGCAAGACGCCUGCUGAAGCCCCUGCUUCAGUGGCGCCGAGCGCUAAGGCUGUUGAAACCAAAAGCAGGUCAGAAGAGAAUGAAGAGAUGUACCAACUGAGAGAUGAAGCUGAUUUCCCUCUCCCCUCCAAGCUGGUUGCCGCUGAGACUGACAGGACAUUGAGAUAA